CGAGGGUCCCCGCCCUCGCUCCGCCCCGCGCUCGGGACGGAAGGAGCGGGCCAGCGCUGCAGGCGGCUGGGCGCACGGAGCCCGAGUGCGGCGCCCGAGAGCCGCACCGCCGCGCAGGUCGGCAAACCAAGAAAAGGAAGCGCGGUCCAUUCGCACCCUGCUCGGCGUCCCCACCCCUUGCACUCUCAACCUUGCAGCCAGCGAACAUCGCGGCCACGGAGGCGCCGAGGAGGAGCGAGCCGCCGCCGGGUAGCGGCGUGCCUCCGGGGGAGAGAGCGCCCGAGAGGAAGCGGCGGCGCGGCGGGGAAGGCGCGGCUCGCGAUGGCAGUUGCUUAGCCGGACGGGCGCGGAGCAGCCCCGAACUGUGGCUGGCCAGACGCGGUGGCGGGGCAGGGGACGCCGCCGCUGCCGCAGCCUUGCCGGGAGCUAUGGGCACGGAGGCGGGCGAGGGCAUCACUUUCUCCGUGCCACGUUUCGGCUCUUUGGGCUUAUGCACCUUCGCCGAGGGCGGCAGCUGCCGGAGGGGAGGAGCGGCGGCGACGGUGGAGGGCGAGGAGAACCAGCAGCCACCGCCGCCACCCGGUAGUUUCUGGAACGUGGAGAGCGCCGCCGGCCCUGGCACCGGCUGUCCCGCUGCCAGCUCCGGGGGCAGCGCCACUCGGAGCCGGGGCAACUCUGGUGGCGGAGGCGGCCGACAGACCACUGUGGCAUAUGUGAUUAACGAAGCGAGCCAGGGGCAGCUGGUGGUGGCCGAGAGUGAGGCCCUGCAGAGCCUGCGGGAGGCGUGCGAGGCUGUGGGCGCCGCGCUGGAGACCCUGCAUUUUGGUAAACUGGACUUUGGGGAAACCACGGUGCUGGACCGCUUUUACAAUGCAGAUAUCGCUGUGGUGGAGAUGAGUGAUGCCUUCCGGCAGCCAUCCUUGUUUUACCACCUUGGGGUGAGAGAAAGUUUCAGCAUGGCCAACAACAUCAUCCUCUACUGUGAUACUAACUCAGACUCUCUGCAGUCACUGAAGGAAAUCAUUUGCCAGAAGAAUACCAUGUGCACUGGGAACUACACGUUUGUUCCUUACAUGAUAACUCCACAUAACAAGGUCUACUGCUGUGACAGCAGCUUCAUGAAGGGGUUGACAGAGCUAAUGCAACCGAACUUCGAGCUGCUUCUUGGACCCAUCUGCUUACCUCUUGUGGAUCGUUUUAUUCAGCUUUUGAAGGUGGCACAAGCAAGUUCUAGCCAGUAUUUCCGGGAAUCUAUACUCAAUGAUAUUAGGAAAGCUCGUAACUUGUACACUGGUAAAGAAUUGGCAGCUGAAUUGGCAAGAAUCCGGCAGCGAAUAGACAAUAUCGAAGUCUUGACAGCAGAUAUUGUGAUAAAUCUCUUACUUUCUUACAGAGACAUUCAGGAUUAUGACUCUAUUGUGAAGCUGGUAGAGACAUUAGAAAAACUGCCAACCUUUGAUUUGGCCUCCCAUCACCAUGUGAAGUUUCAUUAUGCGUUUGCACUGAAUAGGAGAAAUCUCCCUGGAGAUAGAGCAAAAGCUCUUGAUAUUAUGAUUCCCCUGGUGCAAAGUGAAGGACAAGUUGCUUCAGAUAUGUAUUGCCUAGUGGGUCGAAUCUACAAAGAUAUGUUUUUGGACUCUAAUUUCACAGACACUGAAAGUAGAGACCUUGGAGCCUCUUGGUUCAAAAAGGCAUUUGAAUCUGAGCCAACACUACAGUCAGGAAUUAAUUAUGCGGUCCUUCUCCUGGCAACUGGGCACCAGUUUGAAUCUUCCUUUGAGCUCCGGAAAGUUGGCGUGAAGCUAAGUAGCCUUCUUGGUAAAAAGGGAAACUUGGAAAAACUCCAGAGCUACUGGGAAGUUGGAUUUUUUCUGGGGGCCAGUGUCCUGGCCAAUGACCACUUGAGAGUCAUUCAAGCAUCUGAAAAGCUUUUUAAACUGAAGACACCAGCAUGGUACCUCAAGUCUAUUGUAGAGACAAUUUUGAUAUAUAAGCAUUUUGCAAAACUGACCACAGAACAGCCUGUGGUGAAGCAGGAACUUGUGGACUUCUGGAUGGAUUUCCUGGUCGAGGCCACAAAGACAGAUGUUACUGUAGUUAGGUUUCCUGUAUUAAUAUUAGAACCAACCAAGAUCUACCAACCUUCUUAUUUGUCUAUCAACAAUGAAGUCGAGGAAAAGACAAUAUCUAUUUGGCAUGUGCUUCCUGAUGACAAGAAAGGUAUACAUGAGUGGAAUUUCAGUGCCUCUUCUGUCAGGGGAGUGAGUAUUUCUAAAUUUGAAGAACGAUGCUGUUUUCUUUAUGUGCUUCAUAAUUCUGAUGAUUUCCAAAUCUACUUCUGUACAGAACUUCACUGUAAAAAGUUUUUUGAAAUGGUGAAUACCAUUACUGAAGAGAAGGGGAGAAGCGCCGAGGAAGGGGAUUGUGAAAGUGACUCCCUGGAGUAUGACUAUGAAUAUGAUGAAAACGGUGACAGAGUCGUUUUAGGAAAAGGCACUUACGGCAUAGUCUAUGCAGGUCGAGACUUGAGCAACCAAGUCAGAAUUGCUAUUAAGGAAAUCCCAGAGAGAGAUAGCAGAUACUCGCAGCCCCUACAUGAAGAAAUAGCAUUGCAUAAGCAUCUGAAACACAAAAAUAUUGUCCAGUAUCUGGGCUCUUUUAGUGAGAAUGGCUUCAUUAAAAUCUUCAUGGAGCAGGUCCCAGGAGGAAGUCUUUCUGCUCUCCUUCGUUCCAAAUGGGGCCCAUUAAAAGACAAUGAGCAAACAAUUGGCUUUUAUACAAAGCAAAUACUUGAAGGAUUAAGAUACCUCCACGACAAUCAGAUAGUUCACCGGGAUAUAAAGGGUGACAAUGUGUUGAUUAAUACCUAUAGUGGUGUUCUCAAGAUCUCCGACUUCGGGACAUCAAAGAGGUUGGCUGGCAUAAAUCCAUGUACUGAAACUUUCACUGGUACCCUUCAGUACAUGGCACCAGAAAUAAUAGAUAAAGGGCCCAGAGGCUACGGAAAAGCAGCAGACAUCUGGUCUUUGGGCUGCACCAUCAUUGAAAUGGCCACAGGAAAACCACCCUUUUAUGAACUAGGAGAACCACAAGCAGCUAUGUUCAAGGUGGGAAUGUUUAAAGUCCACCCGGAGAUUCCUGAGUCCAUGUCAGCAGAGGCCAAGGCAUUCAUAUUGAAAUGUUUUGAACCAGAUCCAGACAAGAGAGCAUGUGCUAAUGACUUGCUGAUGAAUGAGUUCUUAAAAGUGUCAAGCAAAAAGAAAAAGACACAACCUAAGCUUUCAGCCCUUUCAGCUGGAUCAAAUGAAUAUCUUAGGAGUAUAUCCCUACCGGUCCCUGUCCUGGUCGAAGAUACGAGCAGCAGUAGUGAAUAUGGCUCAGUUUCACCUGACAAUGAGUUAAAAGUGGACCCCUUCUCUUUCAAAACAAGACCCAAAUCCUGUGGAGAAAAAGAUGUAAAAGGAAUACGGACACUCUUUUUGGGCAUUCCAGAUGAAAAUUUUGAAGAUCACAGUGCUCCACCUUCCCCUGAAGAAAAAGAUUCCGGUUUCUUUCUGUUGAGGAAGGACAGUGAAAGAAGAGCUACUCUUCACAGGAUCCUAACAGAAGACCAAGACAAAAUCGUGAGAAAUUUAAUGGAGUCUUUGGCUCAGGGGGCUGAAGAACCUAAACUAAAGUGGGAACACAUCACAACCCUCAUCGCAAGCCUCAGAGAAUUUGUGAGAUCCACUGACCGAAAAAUCAUAGCCACCACUCUGUCAAAGCUGAAGCUAGAGCUAGACUUCGACAGCCACGGCAUCAGUCAAGUUCAAGUGGUUCUCUUUGGUUUUCAAGAUGCUGUCAAUAAGGUUCUUCGGAAUCAUAACAUCAAGCCACACUGGAUGUUUGCCUUGGACAGUAUCAUCCGGAAGGCGGUGCAGACAGCCAUUACCAUCCUGGUUCCAGAACUGAGGCCACAUUUUAGCCUUGCAUCUGAGAGUGAUACCGCUGAUCAAGAAGACUUGGAUGUAGAAGAUGACCAUGAGGAACAGCCUUCAAAUCAAACUGUUCGAAGACCUCAUGCCGUCAUUGAAGAUGCUGUGGCUACCUCGGGGGUGAGCACGCUCAGUUCUACUGUGUCCCACGAUUCCCAGAGUGCUCACCGGUCACUGAAUGUACAGCUUGGAAGGAUGAAAAUAGAAACUAAUAGAUUACUGGAAGAAUUGGUUCGGAAAGAGAAAGAAUUACAAGCACUCCUUCAUCAAGCUAUUGAAGAGAAAGACCAAGAAAUUAAACACCUGAAGUUGAAGUCCCAACCAAUAGAUAUUCCUGGAUUACCUGUGUGUCACCUAAAUUCUCCUGGCAUAAAUACUGAAGAUCCUGAACUUACUGACUGGCUGAGAGAAAAUGGAGCUGACGAAGACACUAUAAGCCGGUUUCUGGCUGAGGAUUAUACACUAGUGGAUGUUCUCUACUAUGUUACACGUGAUGAUUUAAAAUGCCUGAGACUAAGAGGCGGGAUGCUAUGCACACUGUGGAAGGCCAUCGCUGACUUUCGAGACAAACAGCCUUGACUGUCGCUCAGUUUGUGUCCAAUCUUCGGUGGAGAUGCUAAAAAUUAAUACAGAACCAAUCUUCUUGGAGGGGGCGGAAAUCGAAGGGAGAGGAGAAAGAAGCUGCACUUUAAAUCCAGUAUUUGUUUACUAAUGAUUAAAAAAAAAAAAAAAAGAAAUAGACAAAACACACUGAAAUUUCCUAACUGCUUUUAUUUCUAUAAUUCAGAAGGACUCUCUUCAAAGAAUGUUAAGGAUUAUUUUCAUCUAAACCUUUUUUACAUGGAAAUCUUUUUAACUCUGCAGCUAUUGCACUUCAGCCAAAUGUUUAUUUCACACAAAAUGGAUGGAACAUUUCAUGUGACUGCGCAUCACUGCAACACCACCAAAAUGUGACCGUAACAUUUUUAGGCUUAUGUAUGUUUGUAAUAUGUCCUAAUCAUCUGAGUAGGGAUGCAGAACAUCAAUUAUUGUAUAAAGCUUUUUCUUUAAGUGUGCAGAAUCCGAGAGCAAUGGUUUUUACUUAUCUGUAUUAAUUGUAAUAUUGACUAUAUUUUGUAACUUAAGUUUCUGGCCUACAGUACAUUCGUUUGAGUCGUUUGUUACUACUGAACUGUACCAGUUGCACAUGCCUGAAUCAUAGUAAUGUUAGCUUGUUCUAAAGCUAUCCAUUGUGUCAUAUAUACUCUAAAAAGUAAAAAGACUCUCAACA